AUGAAGUUCGCUGUUGCUCUCACCCUCGCCUCCACUGCCAUGGCUGGCAUUGUCGCUCGCGACGCCACCGUUGUCAAGGCUGUCAUCAGCACUGUCCAGACCGACAUUGACAGCGUCAAGACCGCUGCCGAUGCCUACAAGGGCGACAAGAGCGACCUUGUCAAGGCCUCCGACCAGCUCGUCUCCGACCUCAAGGACGGCAAGACCAAGGUUGAGGCCGGUCCCGAUCUGACUCUCAACGAUGCCGUCGAUCUCGGCACCGCCGUCCAGGGCCUCACCAAGUCCGGCACUGCCCUUACCGAGUCCCUGACUUCCCGCAAGUCCGAGGUCGAGAAGGCCGGCGAGUGCAAGACUGUCCAGGACCAGAUUGCCGCCAUCUCCGAGAACUCCAAGAGCCUCAUCGAUGCCGUCACCGCCAAGGUCCCCGAGGCCGCCCGCUCCAUCGCCGAGUCCCUCUCCAGCCAGCUGACCGCUGUCCUCCAGAAGGCUGAGGAGUCCUACAAGGACUGCAAGGACUCCGGCAACGGCGGUUCUUCCUCCACCGGCUCCGGCUCCUCCACCGGCUCUGCCACCGGCACUGGCUCCGCCACCGGCAGCUCUACCGCUACCGCUACCGGCUCUGCCACUGGCACUGCUACCGGCACUGCCACUCACAGCUCUGGUGUUGUCACCACCACCAGCUGCCCCCCCACUGGCUCUGCUACUGGCACUGGCGGCGUCAAGCCCACCAGCAGCCAGGUCACCGUUCCCGUCGGUGCUGCCGCUGCCUACGCCCCCGCCGGUGUCCUCGCCGCCGUCGCCGCUGCCCUUGUUCUACAGGGGGGGCUCUAUUCCUUGAAAAGGAAACCUGCUCUGCCGGGUUGGCGAGGAACCUGCCUGUACCGUCGCGGACGGCAGUUAAUUUCAUCCACUAGCCCGCAAACCCCGCCCUAG